AUGGAGCUGCUCGCAGACGCAGCUUGGCAGUGGCGACCCAAGGCGACACUCACAGCCGCUGACACUUGUGACCGGUGCACCGUGUUUGCAUUGCAAUAUAGCGACUGUGCAGUGAUCCGGGUGCGCUGGAAUGGCAAUUCACUGACAAAGACGGACCUGGGUCCGCAAGAGAGAGAUCUUGAACUGCAUGGGCACGCCAAGCGCAUCGUCUGCGUUAAAAUAUGCCAUAACGCCGAGUCAUAUGUGACUAUUUGCUCAGCGUCUCGCGACUAUGUUAUAGUGUGGCGUGUUACAGGGAAAACUCGCGUGGAGCAGUCCGUUUUAGUGGAGAGCCUACCAACAGAGCCAGGUUGGGUUGCAUUUGAUGAUACGGGUACUUUAGUGGCAGUGGCAAGUGAACGGGAUGUUAAGAUAUUCGUCAUUGAGCGGAAGGAGGUGCUGGUAACAUUGGAAGGGCACCUGGCACGAGUGACAAAAGGCGAGUUUCACCCAAUUCAUCAUCACUUGUUGGUCACUGCCUCGGAAGAUCGAACAUUCAAGAUUUGGGACUUAGCAGCGAGAACCUUGUGGUUCCAGUCAUCAGUGCUAUCAGCGUUCGCAAUUCUCUCCAUCGCACUUAACCCUGUAAAUGGCGACGCUGCCUUCGGUUUCGCGGACGGGUCUGUCAAGGUGUUUGAAUUGUUGGAUAGAUACGCAAAAGAACUCACAGGGUGUAAUGUUGAGACCUAUAUACAAAAAUCUCUGCGACGAAAACAGGAAGCAGAAAGAAAGGCACGUCAAGAUAAACCCCAAGUUAUUAGCUCUCUUCCACCCUGGGCUCGCAGUGAAAACGCCCAGAACGAUGAAAACGAGAUUAAUGCCGCAGUUUCCUGUCCAGUUUUAUCGCUAAAGUACGUUUGCGCGGAUCAUAAAACUGCAGAGAACAGAGGGAAAAGCCUGGGUUUCAGUAGUGAUCAAGAUCGCGAGUUACUGGACCAUAAGCAGUUUCUCCUUGUGGGUAUACCGGGCUAUCUUCUCAGCGUCAAUGCUUACUCGUUCAAGAUCGCCAUUGUUCACGACUUUCAGGAAUCUAUCAAGCGAGAUGAUCCGAUUUGCGUUGCCAAAGACUUCUGCUUUUAUCAUCCACCACGUUCAGAUACUCUUCACUGCGGUGUGAUAAGUGCUUUCCAGCCCUGCUUCACGAUGCUGAACACUGUAAUCCUAUUGAGUAGUCCGAAGAGUGACAACCAAGUAGAGGGCAAUGCUACAACUCCUCACUACGUUUCAUCCAGUCAAGAACGACCUGCAUCUGAUGACAACAAUAAACGAGUGUCUGUAAUCCCGAGAGGUCCUCCGCCCACGGACAGUGUACUGAAUUUACUGCCAUUGUCAGCAAAGAAGACGCCACCCAAACGAUCAAAAGGCUUGGACAAGCCUGUCACAUUUCAUACUCGUAUCAAGUCAUCCGGUUAUGGUUCGUUCACUCCCUUCGACUCGAGACGAACACCACCAAAGCUGCUCUCGAAAACUCGGAAGUCAUUGUCCAAUAAUCGAACAAAAGACUCGAACUCAUUCACAUCGGUUGGCUCUUACCUGAAAGAAUAUCCGACGAACUGUGGCUUGUUACAGCACUAUCAACCGAAACAUGCACUGCCACCUAAGGCAUUACAUCAAGGUGCAAUUCUACAUAUCGAAUACUCCAGUGAUGCCAAAUAUCUCGCAACGAGUGGCAACGAUCGAGUGGCUCAAGUGUGCAAGUUGCCAUUUAGUCGAUUUGGUGGGGAAGGCAAUGUGUUUGUUGGACACGACCAAGCAGUACGCGCUAUCCACUGGAGUCAGAACGACCGAAUGCUCGUGACGAUCGGGAGCGACAAGACGAGUCGAAUAUGGCUAGCUGACAGCGAUACCUCGUCACUGACAAUGCAAGGAAUCGCUCCACCUUCAGGUGUGGCCACUGCUGCAGCUGCGAUGGGGUCCAUGUCCAAUGCUAAGAAAGCUUCACGACAGGAUAUCGUUGAGGCUCGCUUCUUCUAUAUGGACAAGUUUCUGCUGUCUGCAUGUGGGAACGCUGCACGCCUGCACCAGUUUGAGCUGGAUGAAGUUUAUGCUCGUGCUUCAAAGAAGACAAAGCCUACCAAAAAGAAGAACGACGUUGAAGUUGUCGAGAACCAGAGUCGGAAGAAACGGGUUGCUCAAUGGAGUUUCGACGACAUGCAGAGCGUCACAAGCCUCGCAUGUGUGAAUGGAGCCUUUUUGUCGUCGGUAGCAAUAAUUGCGGGGUCGGAUCGCUCGCUAAGAGUCCUGGACGUUGGUGCCGGUGGUGGUGGUCGCACUGUGCGAGUAGUUCGAGACGCUCACAGCCGCGCUGCACACACAAUUGCUUUGCCUCGCCCGACAUGCUACGCUAGUCAUCCCAGCAACUUUUACGAUCUCUUAUUGAGUAGUGCACCGGACAACACGACGCAUCUGUGGGAUAUUCGAGCUGACAACUGCGUCAUGCGCUUCAGCGAACACGUAAACCGAGUGCACACGCUGGGGCAAUCCUUCAGUCCUUGUAUGCGCUAUGUGGCCACGGGGUCGGAAGAUCGAGCUGCGUACGUCUACGACAUCCGCACAGGUCGACGGCUCAUCAAGCUUAAGGGCCACACAGACGUGGUCACUAGUGUAGCGUUCAGCCCUCUCCAUCCACAGUUGGCUACAGCUUCAUGUGAUGGCACCGUGCGAUUCUAUAGCAGUGAAAAAUCACAUUAA